CAUCGUUUUUCGUCGGCCUGCCUCGUCUGAGUUGACUCUACGUGGAGUGGGUCUGUGGGAGUUUGGACCCGCACACGGGACACGGACGGCUUCCUUCCCAGCUGCCCAACAAGCAAGGCUUACUCCUACUUAAACACAGUCGGCCAGGAUGGCGGUCACCCCGCGACGCGUCCGCCUCAAGCCGUGGCUGGUGGCCCAGGUGGACAGCGCUCGGUACCCGGGUCUGGUUUGGGUCGACCGGGAGGCCAUGCGCUUCAGGAUCCCCUGGAAACACGCCACUAGACACACACCCCAACACGAAGACGAGGACACCAUAUUUAAGGCGUGGGCUGUGGAGACCGGGAAGUUUCAGGAGGGAGUUGAUGAACCUGAUCCCGCCAAGUGGAAAGCCCAGCUUCGGUGCGCCCUGAACAAAAGUCGGGAAUUCAAACUGGUCUAUGACGGCACCAAAGAAGUCCCCAUGAAUCCCUUAAAGGUGUACGAUGUCUGCGACAUCCCACAACCCAACAGUGACCAAACUCCUUCAGAUGCAGGAUCACAUACUCUCUACGAUGAGGAUUUUGGAGAGGAUCCCACACCAGAUUCUCUUCGCCCAAAUCCAUCCACUGGCACCAGUCCUUCUCCACUCAUGUGGCCUCUGAUGGGUUCCAAUUCUUCCAUCCAGCCUCCCUGCUGUCCACCUUCGAAUGAGGUCUGGCCCAGAGAGGAGCCCGCAGAUGUAGAGCUGCCCCCCACAAACAUGGAUGAGCUGCCCCCUGCCCCUCUGCCUGACCCCAUCCUGCAGCCGGCUCCUCUUUCUGACGUCUUUGCCUCUCCAGAAACGUGGAUCAGCUCCCUCCCAAUGACAGACUUGGAGGUCCAGUUCCUGUACAGAGGGAAGGAGGUGUCUCCCACCGUGACUGUGAGCAACCUGCUGGGCUGCAGGCUGUUCUACGGGGACCUGGGGCCCAUCCUCAACCAGGAGGAGCUGUUUGGACCCGUGAACCUGGCACAGCUGCGCUUCCCGACCACGGAGCACAUCACCAACGACAAGCAGAGGAUCUUCACCAAUCGGCUGCUGGAUGUGAUGGACCGAGGUCUGAUCCUGGAGAUCAGGGGCCACGAUAUCUACGCAAUCCGCCUCUGCCAGUGCAGGGUGUACUGGUCGGGCCCCUGCGCUCCAAACCCAGCGGCGCCAAAUCUGAUAGAGCGGCAGAAGAAGGUCAAGCUCUUUUGCCUGGAGUCGUUUCUCAGCGGUGUUAUAGCGCAGCAGCGUGGCCAGGCGACCAGCCCUCCUCAGUUUGAAAUCAGCCUCUGCUUUGGAGAGGAAUAUCCCGAUGGAAGACCCAAAGAGCGAAAACUCAUCAUGGUCCAGAACCACCAGGGCCAGGCUCUGCAGUCAGUGAAGCUGUGA